CUUGCCCAGCACCCUGUCACGGGGCUCAUCCCAAGGAAUCUCACAGACAAAGAUUUCUUCCCAGGACUUCACCAUGCUUCUCUCCCAACACCGAGCCUUGCCAGGUUCUCUCUGUGCUAGGUAACAUCCAUUAGGAUGCUGCAAUGCGCGUUGGUGGCCAGGCCCUCCCCUCCUGCUCCGCUCUGCUAAAAAAUCUCUGCCAUCCGACUGCAGAUGCUUCUCCCCGGCUGCAGGGACACUCCAGGGAACCAAUGGGAUGAAGCCGCUCUCACUGAAAAUUCCAGCUGGAGACCUUAAGCCCAAAGCUCAGGAGUCAAACUGAAGAGUGCUGAAGACAGAUCCAAUAAAAAAAAAAAAGACAAAGAAACCGACUCACCAAAGAAGUGGCUAGCGCCCGAAGAGGUACCCAGACGGAGAGCCGGCCCUGGCCUGGCUUGGCUCUGUUCUUCUGUGUCCGGAGGUGCUGGGGAUGUGGGCCACCCAGGUGCUUUGGGGAAGCCUUGUACUCCUGCGCAUCGCCUGGUGUCUUUUGCCGCAGACUGGUUACCUUCAUCCUGAUGAAUUCUUUCAGUCCCCUGAGGUCAUGGCAGAAGAUGUCCUGGGCCUGGAGGUCUACCGUCCCUGGGAAUUCCUCCCCAGCUCACCCUGCCGGACAGUCCUCUUCCCACUGCUGACCACUGGCUCUGUGUUCUGGCUGAUGGAGCUAUUGGACAGGCUGGGCCUCUGGCCAGGGGCCAUCAGCAGCUACACUCUCCUGGUGGGGCCCCGCCUGGUCUUCACAGCCCUCUCCUUUGCGCUGGACUGGGGCAUCCACCGGGCGGCCCCGCUCUGGGGAGCUGAUCCCUGGCACGCCCUGCUCCUGCUGGCCGGUUCCUAUGUCACCCUGGUCUUCUACACGAGGACCCUGGCCAACGCUACGGAGGGGCUUCUGUUCAUGUGGCUGUUGGUGCUGGUCUCUCCGGGCACCCACGGGAAGCUGAGUCCAGGGCGUGGGGGACACAGCUGGCUCCUGGGCGCCGUGGUGGCCGCAGGGUUCUUCAACCGGCCUACGUUCCUGGGGUUCGCCCUCCUGCCGCUGCUCUUCUGGUCCAGCGGCUGCACCACGGUGGUGCCUCUCAGCAUGAAGGCCCUGGUCCAGAGAAUGCUGGAGCUGCUCCCCGGGGCCACACUGGUGGCUGCCCUGUUCGUGGCUACCGAUACGUGGUACUAUUCCUUGCGGCUGGGGCUGGGCCCCCGCCUCGUCCUGACUCCUGCCCACUUCCUCAGCUACAACCUGGACCCCCAGAAUCUGGCCCGGCACGGCACGCACCCCCGCCUCACUCACCUGGCCGUCAACGGGUUCCUGCUCUUCGGAGUUCUGCACGUCGCAGCAGUGAUGGGUGCGUGGAAAGUGCUGAAGGAAAGCCUAGCCGCCGUGGCCCAGCGCCAGGCUCCCCGGACCCUCCGGGACAGGAGGGCGGUCCUCCUCCUCUUCUACUUCUUUCCCCUGGCUCUGCUCUCCCUCUUCAGCCAUCAGGAGCCUCGGUUCUUGGUCCCCCUCCUGGGGCCCCUGACCUUGUUCAGCAGCCAGAAGGGUCGGGUGGUGGCCCCGUGGAGAAUCGCCUCGUUCACUCUCUUCAACGUCCUGGGGGCCCUGUUCUUCGGCUGCCUUCAUCAGGGCGGCCUCGUCCCUUGCCUGUCCCGUCUGGAGCAGAGCAUCCGCGCUCCGGCUCCCCAAGGGCAGCCCUCCCACUACACCCUGCUCUUUACCCACACCUACAUGCCGCCGCGCUACCUUCUCCGCCUGGGAGGGCAGGAGCCGCCCGUGGAGGUCAUCGACCUGGGCGGGGCCGAGAGCCGGGCCCUUUGCCAGACCCUCGACCAGCUCGCCAGUCACCCGGUCUGCAAGGCCGCUGGGGGCGAUCGUCUCUGCCGGAUCUUUGUUGUGACCCCUGGGACAGCCAAGGAGGCUGCGGCCGCCUGCCCCUUCUCCCUGAGGAACGAGACCCGUCUGUUUCCUCACUUGACUCUGGAGGACCCUCCUGGGCUCUCUGCCCUGCUGAGCAGCCGCUGGAGGGACUCCCUCGGCCUCUACAUCCUGGAAGUGGGCGAGCGGAGGGGGCAAUGAACCUCCCGAAAAGGGGGCCCCGCCCACAUCUUGCGCCCUCCUGCCCCCCGAAGCUCCUUUGAGUAAGACUGGACAAGUCCCUGGGGACUCGCACCCAUGACCUGGAUGACCAAAGCAGGCGUCCGUCCCAGUCAUAGGCCAAACCAAGCCAAAGAUGACUCUGCUGGCCAAGCCUUGCCCCCUGGCCAUGGGCCUCACCCCCGAGCCCUCUCGCUAUGGUGGUCCAUUCUGGGCGCCACUGUCAUAGGAGACAUGGACCACCUGAAGCUUGCCCUGAGCAGAGUGCCCAGGGUGGUGAGGGGACGUGAGGCCAUAUCAUGUGAGGAUAAACUGAAGAAACUUAGAAUGUGGAGCCUGAACAAAUAGCUGGGAGGGGAGGCAGUGGAAGGGGAAGGAGGGUAAUGGGGAGAGAGUGGGGCCAGGGGGACUGAGAGGUUUGCAUGUAUUUAAAGGGCUUUCUCCAUUUGGGGAAAGGAGUGGCUGGGUAGGAAGAACAGCGACCCUACAGUGGAAAAUUCGUGGAGGGAGAUUUCACCUCAACAGAAUCUCUGGAUGGAAGAGGGGAAGGGGCCUCUGUCCAACUAGUCCUCAUGUUGUAGAUAAGGAAUCUGAUGCCAAAGGGGUGAAGUGAAUUGUCCAAUAAGACCUUUCUCUGAAUUAGAGGGUAGUGCCUAGGACAUAGUAAGUGCUUAAUAAAUGCUUUGUUCUAGCUGUCUGUGCUACCUACCUA